GCCAGAUCGUCGUAGAGGACAUUAAGGAUGCGAUGGUGCGGAGAUUGGAAAAGUUAGAAGAAGAUGCUACCAGGCUUUCUAAGAAGGACCUUGCCGAUACUGGCACACAGACGAGUUUUGAUGCCAAUCGCCUGACUUUUGCUGGCUCUUCCUAUACACCCAUCUCUCAACCAUACGCAGACCAGGCUUUUGCCAAGAGAGAUCGCAAGACUGCCGAUCGUCUGCGAGUUGCAAAAGCUAGAGAACAUACGUCAAGUUACAAGGCGAAGAAGGCACACGAAAAGUCAAAGGAAUAUCUGUCACUCGAAGAGAAAUACCGUCCAGCUCCUUCAUCUCUGGAAGGACUGCAGUCGCUUGCUGAAGAACGCAUAGAUGAGGCACGACGGAAUGGAGCAUUCAAAAAUCUCGAUGGAAAAGGUAAACGCCUCGACUUGGCAGAGGCAAAAAGCACAAUCGAUCGAACAGAGUACUUCCUCAACAAGAUUAUCAAAAAGCAAGGCGCCCUGCCACCUUUUGUCGAUGCGCAAGUCAAUGUCGACCGCUCAAUCGCUGCCUUCCGCUAUUCACUUCAGUCUCUUUGGAUCGAAACGUGUUGUAAGCUGAUUGCUCUAUCCGGCGGCACACUGGAAGCACAGAGAAGAAGAGCUGAAGAGUACGCAGAAGCAGAACGUACCGGGCGAGAUCGACUGAGAGAUGCAAAUUUCGUCAAACGCGAAACGCCCUUCAUGAUUGCUCAGGUCAAUGCACUCAACGCGCAAAUUCGGGGCUACAAUGUCAUUGCGCCAUUCAAUUCUCGUCGUGGCUAUCUUUCCUUGCAGGCCGAGCUGGAUCAAUGCUAUCGCAACGCAGCGCCAAUCAUACCAAGAUCGCUGGUUGAAAGGGCCAACGCGCCAAAGUUCAAGGACUCGGCAGCCUACAAGGCCAAGUACACACAUACACCAUUGCUUGAUCAUCUUUUCGGCAAGCAGAAGUCCCAAUUCUACGAGCGCAACGAUGGCGUUUACGGUUUUUACGAUUGGAUACGCGACAAUUUUGGCAAAGGAAGAGUACACAACUGA